AUGUACCGUUCCAGACCUCUGUCUACCAAAAUUCCACUUAUCGGUCACUCUAAAAGACCUGUGCCUCAGAAGCCAGCGUUACUAUCCAAGCCAUCCUUCAGUACCAAGACAUGUAUGACCAACCGCAAGCCGAGGAGGACCCGGAAGCAAAGGCAGAUGGUCAAGUACCCACCAGCACCUAUGUUGCCAAAAGAUAGUAUUAAAGAAGAAUAUCAAGAACGAGGACUUCAGGUGCAGCAUCCUACCAAUAGUAGGAUCAUUAAGAUCAAAGAACAAGAGGGGUCUCCUGUUCAAAGUAGGCAUCAAGGUGAACAAGAGGUUAAGGAAAUGACUGAGAAGAAGAAAUUAGUCAAUGAGAAAAGUAUUGGCAGUAUUCUGCCAAGGGCAUCAUCCCACAAUAAUUUUCACAAAAAUUUACAAUUUCUGAAAGGAAAUUCGAGUAGGGCUUCACCAUCUCCGAGGCAUAAGUUCGUAAUUGAUCCAAUGAGUAGAAAAUGAAAUGGAAGAGCCACUAUACAGGAUGAAAGAAAAUUAUUUGACUCGCAUUGCGUAAAUGACCAAACUGAAGAGCUAUCCAAAAUUAAUCCGUUAGAUAGCUUCCAGCAAGAUUUAACAAGCAUAAGAUCAUAUAUGCACAAGCUAGAGUCUUCCCAGAGUUCACCUACUAAAUAUUGAGAGUCUCAAAGAAAAUUAGAGCGAUCUAGCAUGUUUGAUGACUCAGUCAAUGUUGCUUCGUCAGAAACAAACCCCUCUAGUCUUUUUCAUUCAAUUCCAAAGAGGAAACACAAGCUGGCUAAUGAGUCAAGUACAGACUUAAAGUCAUCUUCCAUAAGAGGGAAGCAAUCAAAUAAGCUCCAAAGAAACUCAAGCAAGUACCUUCUGAACUUGCAGAGGAAGUUUAGACUUGGAGCAGCCAAUGCUGCUAAAAGAGUGAUCAACCUUCAUGAAGCAGCUAAAAAGAACAAGUCUUACUCCCAUGGCAUGAAUAAUGAGCCUCAAAAUAACCUAAAGCUGCAAGCUAGCAAGAGGUCUCUAAGGGGGAAUUACAAGAGCCCACUGAGUCAGAGCAACCAUGUUUAUGGUGAUAAAGACAUCAAUAGCAAGAUAUUCAGCAUUGCUGAUAAGUUGAAGAAGCAAUUUAGGAAGUCUAAAGUUUAGCCUA